AUGUCUCUUCAAGUUUUAGCAUCUCAAUCUCAAACGCCAAAUGCCAGGCCUACAGCUAAUUACACUCCAAGCAUUUGGGGAGAUCACUUUCUCUCUUACGCUACGGCGGAAGUGGACUUCAGUCACAAGCAACAAUUCCAAGAACUCAAAAGACAAGUGAAAAUGAUGCUAAUGGUUCCAGUGAAAGAGCCUUCAGAAAAAUUGAACUUAGUUGAUGACAUUCAGCGCCUAGGAGUGUCCUAUCAUUUUGAAAAUGAGAUUGACGAAGUUCUGGAACAAAUUUAUCAGGCCACUCACGGUAAUGAUAUGGAAAAUGAUGAUGAUCUUUAUACUACUGCUUUGCGUUUUCGGUUGCUUAGACAACAAGGUUAUAAUGUUUCUUGCGAUAUAUUCAAUAAGUUCAAGGAAGGAAGUGAUCAGACAUUUAAGCAAACUCUUCAGAGUGAUGUAUCAGGACUAUUAAGCUUGUACGAAGCCACCCAUCUCAGGAUACACGGAGAAGACAUACUCGAGGAGGCACUAGACUUCACCACCACUCAUCUUGAGUCGAUCAAACACAGUUUAAGCCACUCACUCUCAAAACAAGUAUCUCAUUCCUUGAAUCAGCCACUUCGAAAGGGCAUCAUCAGGGUGGAAGCAAGAUAUUACUUAUCGAUCUACCACGAAUGUGAUUCACAUAAUGAAACUCUCCUGACAUUUGCCAAGUUGGAUUUCAACCUGUUGCAGCAAGUUCAUCAAAUAGAACUUUGUGAAAUUACAAGGUGGUGGAAGGACUUGGAUGUGAGAAACGAGCUGCCGUUUACAAGAGAUAGAGUUACUGAGGUCUACUUCUGCUGGGCUUUAUCAAUCUGCUUUGAACCUGAAUAUGCCUUUGCUAGGAGGACUUUAUGCAAAGUUACUGCCCUGACCUCCAUUCUCGAUGACAUUUAUGACUUGUAUGGUACACUCGAAGAACUAGAGCUCUUUACUGAAGCUAUUGAGAGGUGGGAUAUUCGUGUCAUCGAUGCACUGCCAAACUAUAUGAAAGUCUGUUAUAAGGCACUGUUAGACGUGUAUACUGAAGUUGAAGAAGAGCUUGCAAAGGAGAGGAAGUUGUAUCUGAUCCACUAUGCCAGAGAAGCUAUGAAACUGCAAGCUAGAAGUUACUAUCUUGAAGCCAAAUGGUUCCACCAGAAAUACAUACCGACAAUGGAUGAAUACAUUGCCCUAUCAUCACUGACCUCAGGCUAUCCACUGCUUAUAACCACCACUUUUGUUACCAUGGAAGAAAUUACUACACAAGACCCAUUUGACUGGUUGGCCACUUAUCCCAAAUCUGUGAAGGGGUCUGCAGUAGUUGCCCGACUUAUGGACGACUUGGUUUCCCACAAGUUUGAGCAAAAGAGAGGACAUGUUGCAUCAGCUGUGGAGUGCUACAUGAAAGAAUUUGGAGCCACAGAAGAAGAAACAAUAAUCGAAUUGCGUAGUAAAGUGAGUGACGCAUGGAAGGACAUAAACGAAUCGUUCCUGGUCCCUAAUUAUGUUUCAAGGCCACUGCUGACUCGAAUUCUUAAUUUUGCAUGUGUUAUGGAUGUUGUUUACAAGUAUGAAGAUGGUUAUACUACUCAGCAUGGCAUGCUCAAGGAUCUGAUAACUUCUGUACUUAUCGAACAAGUGCCUGUAUAG